UCAUACUUUCUCCUAUCCUAGACGGUGAGGAGUGUAUUUGGAAUUGAAGCUAUUGAUAAGGACUUCGACGAAAUAAUGAAAUAUCCAUGCAGCCCAAUUCGCGAACCUGCUAAACAUAAAGUAAUUGAUCAUGAGACUUUAUUUUACUUCCUCAUCCCCAAUAGCAUUACUCUGUAUAUCUGUUGAAGAAUUAGGAAUACGGGAAUCUAUAUUCCAAAACGAAACUACUUUCGUUUUAAUCCGAAUGGACCGAACUGACGUGUGAUGGUUUUUUCGUGUGACUAAUUGGAAACAACUAGCAUCAUCAACAUUAUAAGUUUUUGAGAUCAUCAUUUUGAAAUAUAGCAAGAAAAUUAAAGCUAGGCAUCUACAUCAUUUCAAUCGUCUACUAGACUUGAGACCAGAGAGAUCAAUUAGUGAACUACGCUAGAGUUUAACAAAAGGACACAUUAGGAUAUUAAAGGUUAUUUAAUAGGAUAAAUUAUGGACCGCAUACACCAAGAGCAAAUUUUAAAAUGGACGGCGUUGCGAUCGGGGAAGUGUGAACUGUUAUAUAGUGCUAAAAGAGAUGGCUUUAGCGCCAAAACCUUUCACCAAAGAUGCGAUCAACGAAACCCAACUGUAACAUUGGCGUACAAUACUUCUGGCUAUGUUUUCGGUGGCUACACCUCCAUACCAUGGACCAGCCCUGAAGAUGAGGGUGGUUUCUUAUGCGACAGCACUGCCUUUUUAUUUCGACUAGAGGCGGACAAUCGAUUUAGCCCCGCAAUAGCUAGAGUCAAAGAACCAACUGAAGCCAUUUUUGUUUCUAAAGAUCACGCGCCAUGCUUUGGGGAUGGCGAUUGGUAUUCAUUCUCAAAGGAUUUGGAGCCAUCUGCGGAUAUGACGUAUGAAAGUAACGCAUUGCCGCCACAACUUGGAAAGGCUUAUAGCGACAGCCUCGACACAAAGUCAUUUUGCGGGAACAAUAUCAAGUUUAAGAACUUUGAGGUCUAUGCUAUCAUCUUAGACAAAGACGUAACGGCUGAGAGCUGCCCUUGGCGAAGAGGGAUUAGCUGGUCGCAAGAGGACCAUAUUAAACUGAUGUCGUACCUACAAACAUACAGACCUCCUGAAGAACUGAGCAUCCCUGCUGCUAAUAUCCUAAUGGUCGGGCAAGUCGGUUCGGGCAAGUCCAGCAUAUACAACACAUUGAACUCCAUAUUCAAAGGUUACGUAGUCACCAAGGCAUUCAGUGGUAGUGGAGCUGGAAGUAUGACAACAAAGUACCGACGAUACGAGGUCCGAACAGAGCACGGCCCUUUACGUGUACGGCUCUGUGACACAAUGGGUAUUGAGGCGGAGGGUGGACUAAACGUUGCAGACUUUCCUUAUAUUCUAGAUGGUAACCUUCCUGACAGAUUCCAGUUCAAAGCAGGAGGCCGAAUCACACCAAAGUCUCAAGGUUACAUCAAGGAUCCUCCUUUGGCAAACAUGAUUCAUGGCGUCAUAUUUGUAAUAGAUGGCAGCACGAUCACGAUGAUGCCCGAGGAGGUUUAUGAUAAACUGAAGGCUAUCCAGGAACAAGUAAACGAAAGAGAUUUGCCGCUUUUAAUUGUCAUAACAAAAUCCGAUAAGUUCUGUUCACACGUAAAAUACGACACCUCGUUGACGUUCAGAAGCUUGAACGUCAACGAACUUGUACAGAUGGUUAGUGACAAGUUUGGCAUGCUAGAAACAAAUGUACUUCCUAUAAAGAAUUACUCAACAGAAAUGGAGUUAGACAAGGACACAGAUAUUCUCACGAUGGUUGCAAUGAGGCAGGUACUUAGAGCAGCUGACACAUUCUUCGAAGACCAAGUGGAACUACUAGAUACAGAAUAGAAAUCUCAAACUGAAUAGACCAUCAACUAAUCACCUUAGAAGUAGAAGAUGAAAUACCAUCUGAUAGAAUUGAACUGUUCACAGAAAUAUACAAUCGUUGUGAAUGUGUAGGCUGUUGUAUUCUUCAUUAUAUUGACUUUUCAAUGGCCAUGACAUUAUUUAAA